CAAUAUAAAUUUUUAAACAAUUUAGCGAUUUAGUUCCUAUCUUUGAUCGAUUGUUAACAAUGAAAUUUCUAUCGAUUAUUGUAUUUUCAUUCAUAAGCAUAGUUGUGACAGUGAAAUGGAAAUCGCUGACCACUGAUGAGAAUAAAGAUCGAUUAGAAAAAUGUGGAAAUCAAGAUUUUCCUGAAAAAGAAAAUAAUACAGAUGGAGAAAAUGCGCCAAAUCCAGGAAAUUUUUGGCUGGCCAAAAUGGAACUAGAUAACAAUCAAGCAGAUAAUGUAUCAGUAGCUGGAUUCUUUAUUUCUCCGAGACAUGUUCUUACAUCUGUAUAUUUUAUAAUGAUCGAAAACGGUGCCUGGAGAACCAAUUACAAUGAUACUGUGUAUUUUAAGAAUCUUGAAUACAUUAGAAACACAACAAGUGCGAUGGUUCCCGAGAAAGUGACGAAAAAUAUGAAAGUCAUUCCAGGAAACUGCUCAUCUGGUCAAUGUAUUUUGAGACCAAAAAAAGCAGUGCUUAUCAAUGUUAAGAAGAGAUAUGAUGAUUUUUCCAAAAUGUCUCUUAUGGUUUUGAUUGAACUCGAAGAAAAUGUGAAAAAUAUAUCAGUUCCAUGUAUCCCAUAUGUAAGUGCCAAUGUCUACACAAACGAUGAUGUAUUUCUAUAUGGCCAUGCUACAUCCACCAAAAAUCCGUAUUCAACACUACAAUUUAAACCACUAAAAAUUAAAAACUUACACGAUGAUGGUUGGAUAUGCACUGAUAAGUACCAAGCAAUGCAAGAUCGAGGGGGACCUUUGGUGAAGUUGUAUGAUGAUAAAGUUACGGCUAUUGGGAUCAAGUCCACUACUGGAUACAAUUCAAAUCAAUAUGAAUAUUACUUUGAUUUGAGAAAGUAUAACAAUGAAAUCUGUGAAUUCUCUGGAGUUUGUACAAAAGGCCCAGUUGGUAGACCAUCGUCCGAAGCUUCAUCUUCAAGUAACCAGCCGGAGGCUACUACACAACAAAUUGUACAAAACAGCUCCGAUCCCAAUUCCCCGAAUGUUAAUACUAAUCCUAGUAAGAACAGGAAUACAACUUCCAACUCCAACUACAUUGAACUUCCAAUCGACGAAGGAAAAAUUGAUGAAGUGAAUGAAGCUCUCUCAUAUCCAGAGGAUUCCAAUGAUUAUUUUUUGAAGAGUAUGAUGGCUAAAAAUACGGAAAGAACAGUCUACAAAGCAAUGUUUGACCAAUUUGAUAGUCCUGAACAGGAUGCAAGAGGUUCUGUCAUCAACGAGAAGGAAGAUGAUGAUGACGACGAAGAUUGCGAUGAUUUUGAAGAUGAUGAGGAAGAUGUGAUUGAUGAUGAAUACAUUUAUAGAACCAUGGAUUUCUUGAGAGAAGAUCUUUAAACU